AAGGGAAUACCGCCCUUGACUUGAGUGUGAGGGCGCAGGGAACAUGGCAGCUGUGGUGAGGUCGCGGAUCUUCUUUUCCUGUGUUGUGCGCUUCUCCGACCGUGAAUCUAUUGCCUGAAUUGGCCAGCGAGCAGAUAAAUAUGGCUGACCCCGAAGAAUCUGCAGGAGCUGAUGAUGAUAUUGCUCUCGGUGACAUCACUGAGCAGACAAACACAUCCUGUAAUAGUGAUGCUCAGGAUCCAGAAGUUUUGCUUGAGUCUUUCCGCAAGGAAUGGCAGAGGGAACUGAAGGAGUGCGGGGGCAAAGGUCUUCAGCAGGCCUUGGCAAAGCCAUCCCCCACUGGAGGGCCUGCCAUAGGACCUCCAGCAAGAUCUCAAGUGGCACAGAAGCCCCCAAGAUCACAGAAACCUGUUACCCCAGUCCAUGGAAACUCUGGGCUCCUGCAAGGGACACUUAGCAAAGAUGAAGGAGGAGGAGAAGGAGAAGGAGGAGGAGGAGGAGGAGGAGGAGUAGGAGUAGGAGAAGGAGGAGGAGGCAGUGGAGAGGUAGAGGGAAGUGAGGGCAGUGUUAGUGAGAAUAACAACAGCAGUGAAAUUGGUAACAAUUUGAGCAAUAGCAAUAUGGGAAACAGUCAUGACACAAGCAAUGGCACUUUGAAUGCUACUGAAGGUCCUAAAGAAGACACCAGGUCAGAUGUGGAGAUUAAGGCUACAGAACUGUUCAACAAAGCAGUUGAGCUUGAACAGAGUGGAUGUUUGUAUGAAGCCAUCCAGUUCUACAGGCGAGCCAUGACGCUUGUGCCUGACAUAGAGUUUAGGGCACACCGCCACAACAUGCUAGAGAGGCCAGAGGGCAUCCGUUGCAUUUGCUCUGAGACUGAGGGAGAGGAGACUGGUAAUGAAGAUGUUUUGGAUGAAGAAGACCUUCAGGAUCUCACUGCCCGCUUCCAGUUGCUCAUGGCUCCGGCACAGGCUAUGUGUUCCCCGCAGUUUGAGCAAGAGGCCGCACACAUUUCAUGUCUGCCGCCAGAGAUGUUGGACCGCAUAAUGAGAUGGGUUGUUGGUAACGACUUGGACAUCCGCUCCCUGGAACAGGUGUCUCGUGUGUGUCACGGAUUCUACCUGAUAGCUAGGAAUCCUGAGAUCUGGCACAAAGCUUGCGUCAAGAUCUGGGGAAUCAACACAGGCACCCCAGGAGUAUAUGGAUCAUGGAGGCAGAUGUUCAUACACAGGCCUCAUCCACGGUUCAACGGUUGUUACAUCUCCCGGACAACCUAUUUCCGUUGUGGUGCAAGCAACUUCCGGGAUGCAAAUUACCAGCCCUGGCAUGUGGUCCAGUACUAUCGAUAUGUGAGGUUCUUCCCUGAUGGGUCUGUGAGCAUGUUGACUACUCCAGACGAACCAGUGUCUGUUGUUUCACACUUACGAACAAAAGAACCGAGGAACUUACAGGUUGUGAAAGGCAUGUACCGUUUCCAUGGACCAAAUGUAUCUCUUGUGUUGAGGCGGCAGUCUCGGGAGAUGCGCAACCGCAGAAAGGGGCGGAGGCACCUGGGAGGAACCACAGAUGUUGCAGAAACCACCUUCCAGAUUGAGUUUGAAAUAAGACCUGUCAAACAGAGGCCUCACUGGCAGCUUGUAUGGCGCAACUACACAAUAACAUCAACGUUCUAUGAUGGUAAACAGAACACGUCUCAGAUUGAGGUUAAUGACACCAACAAUUUUCCACCUUUAUCCUUCUCGCGUGUGAAGAGCUAUACCACGGACAGCGAAAAGCCUCUCGUGUGAGAUGGAUUGAAGAAUUUUUGAAGAAGUUAGUUUUCCAUUCUUACAAGAUUCAUAUUAUCCUGAUGGAGAAACUACAUAAAAUUAUAGGAUGUUGACCAAUAGGCAAUAAAACACAAUAGGCAGGAAAAUAUAAGAAUGAUGAGGAUUUUUGUUUGAGUAGAAAAUAAUGAUGGUUUUUAUUUCUAAAAGAAGAAAACUUAUUUUCAUUAAAGAACACGCACACGCACACGCACACGCACACGCACACACACACAUAUGUACACAUAUGUACACAUUUAUGUAGACACAUACUAUGGGGAUACAGAGGAUUUAUUUGAUUUUGAAUGUUGAAUGUUGAUACAAGAAAACAGAUGUUGAGGGAUUAGAUAAUAAAAUCAAGAUCAGAGAAAAACUAAGUAGGAGUUAGUGAAUGAAUAAGUGAUCGUGUAUGUAUGUAUGUUUGUUUGCUUCUGCUUGUGCUUUUAUGGGGGGAGGACACACGAGCAUGUAUAUACACAAAUCAUAGACAAGGAAAGAACAUGGAAUGAAGUUGGAUAUGUAGGAAAGUUGUAGUUAGAAGAGCUUGGGGUACUAUAGUGUAAGAAGAAGGCUUUUAUUUGCAUUGAGUGUGGUUUUGAACACAGUUUUUCAUUUUUUAUUUAUUUAUUCAUUAUUUUUUUUAUGAAUAAAUACAACAAUGAAUGUAUUAGAGAAAGAGUGAGAGCAAGUUAACCAGAGUUUGUUAGUAUGCCUCUGUAUUACCACUCAUUUUCACACUACAUGCCCCAAAAUCCUUAAAGAGAGGAAUUAAGGUUUACUUAAAUCGUAAAAGUUCGCAUUAUUCUGUCUCUUGUCGUUUCUGCGAUUCUGUGCUUUAUGGGAAAAAAGAAAAAAAGUUGUUGAUUUCUUAUGAUUUGAAGAGAAUAAUUUUUUUGCAAGUUUGGAUUUUUAUUGUGCAAAUAUAGAUCAACAUUUGUUUGGAAUGUUCUUUUGUACCAUUGGGAAAAAAGUAAUUUUUCUUUGAUAGCCAAUAUAAUUGCCUUGUAUUGUAAGUUGGAUUCUGAGUAUGAAUUUUAUGUAUAGAGGUAUUUCUGUUUUAUUCUCAAGAAGAAGAAAAAUCAGUAGUAAUGCUGAAUUAGUUAUGAUGGAGCAUAACAUUUUAUAUGUAAUGGAAUGAGUACUUCAGUUUUCCCCCCAUCUUUUUUUGCAUUCUCUUUUUUUCCUCUUCUUGAUUUGCAGUUGUUUAACAGCCAAGGCUCAAACUGCCUUUUAUUGAUUCUCAAAAUUAAGUAGAUCUCGAACUUGAUGAUUUAGCAUCAUGUGCAAGCAGUCCUUUAUUUGACAGCAUCAAUUCGCCUUUGCUCUCCUUCACAUUAUUAAGGUUGAUGGUUGUACAGAAGUCUCCUUCUGUGACUCUGUAACCCCUGUAACGUUUCUGUAAUCAACACUUCUAUGGUUAAUGAAUUGCAAGUGAUUGUAGGUCUCACUGACUGUGAACUGGUACAAAUUAAUGUGCAGCAUUUCAUUUGCCAUGGUUGAAGUUUGUGUGCAUCUUUUGUUACUGUGUGAAGUUGAUGUUGUUGAUGAACUCUUCAUAUAACAAUUGUAACCUAGUAAACUUGAGAUUUUUGUAGUAUGUGUAGUAUCAGUCACAAAGUAAUGAUGUCAUCAGUAGAUUAAUGGUGGGGUUUUCUUUGAGACACUGUACUUGUUUCAUUCCCUGUGUACCCCUUUUCUUGUUCACUUGAAGCAGCAAAAAAGGAAAAAUGGAAAUGUCAGUACUUUAAAAAGUAUUUCAUUUUCCUAUAUCUUUCCUCUUCUUUUUUUUUUUCAUUGCUUCUUCCUAACCACUCCUUCUUUGGUAGAAACUUCACACUGAAUACAAUGCUUAAUAACUGAGUGAGAUGCAGAGUUUGUCAGGUUUUCAUAUAUUCCCCCACACAGUUUUGUAUUUUGCUGCACAAGCUUACUAUGAACAUCAUAUCUAUGCACAUAAGUUCAACUCACAAUGACUAUUUUAUGUCUUAUACUAUGUAGCGAGAGAACAGGCGAAAAGGUAUUCUUCAAGAAGAGGAAUUUUUUACCUUAACCCAAGAAAAUAGAAAAAUAUAUUUUGAGUUUUACUAAAAGUGUGUAGUUUAGGUAUGUAUCUGGGAGAACACAAUUGUGUAAUGUAUAUGAGUUUUUUUUUAGUUUACAGUAAAUGUGAUAUGUACAUUUAAAUUACUCCUCUAAAAGGUUGUCUUAAGAUAUAAUCUGAAGGAUUUAACUAUUUUUCUGAUGCAAAUGUUUGUUUUGUUUUAAUAAUUGUAUAUGGAAUAUGAGCAUUUUAUUAUGUACUUGUACAAAUUGGAAUGUUGAUUAUUGUUGGAAAAUAAAUAUUAGAUCUUA